CUUUCAGACAGUGCUGGAAGGGAGUGAGGUUUUCGGCACCCCCUCCUCUGAAAAACAUUGAAAUCAUGCCUGGUUAAACUGACAUCUUAGAAAUAGCUCAUUUCGAGGCAGCCUUGCUUAAGUGCCCUGUUUGUUCAACAAUGCGGCCCUGCGUCACAGACCAACAGACCUCCCAUCCCCGCAAGCCCUCGAUUUCCAACCAGAAAGUCUCGACACAUUUUACAGAACCCCAUGCUAGACCAGAAUCAUUUUUCCUUAGUCGAAGCGACGAUAUGGAGCGAUCCCGGUCUAGAAGUUCAGGUAGAGCUCGCGAUAGCACGUAUGGGGUACAAAGCUUGGAGGAGGCCAUGGAGUUAUCCGGAGAGGAGUCCCACCACGCAGCUUCAGAUAAUCAUGGCUUAGAAGACAGUACAAAGCCUAUCUCUCCACUCUUACACAGGAUAUCUACAGUUAAACCGGUCGCUGCCGAUGAUGUGGUGUCGAGCAGACCAUCUUCUUCUGCUUUUGGGCAUAACCAAUCUAUGGAAAAUGCACCUUCGCUCCCUCUAACGCCUCUUCUCCUUGGGUCUCCUGCUGUACCAGGAUCUCUCCCUGGAAGCCCAAAAUCGGCAUCUACUCGAUCAUUCCGCCGUUCCGAUGAGAUCUCCAUUCUUGACGAAGUUAACAACCAUGUAGUAGAAUAUAGCGAUGAGGAGAAUCCUAGCAGCUCGCCUGAGCUUCAAGACAGUGCCUCACAACUUGUUAUGCCAAGUAUAAAAAUGCCAAGUCGAAGGCCAUUUACUGAGAGGGGCAAAUCCCUUGGGAGACUGAAGGUGAUGAUCGCUGGCAGUACAGGUUCAGGGAAGACGUGUCUCUUGAAAUCUAUCGUUCAGGCCUGCGAGGACAUUGUGCAUAUCGAUCCUCUCCCCCAAAAUACAUCCCACACCCGCCUCUCAAACUCAAAGAAACAGAAUGUGCAGCAUGGGAAGAGGAUUCGGCGCGUACGGGAUCGCCCCUCAAUCGCGGAGAUUUACGCAAGCACUAAACCGUAUCCAACGUGGUGGUCAGAUCUUGAAGACUCGAGGGUACUACGGAGGCGAAAAAGUCUAGGGGAUGUGGUUUUGGAGCGGAAUCUUUGCUUCGUGGACACCGUCAAUACGUGUGUGGAUCAGAUAGAACAAACAAACUUGGAGAUUCAAUAUAUGAUUCAACAAUUCCGGAGGGCGACCACUGCUAUCCAUUCCGGCAACGCUGAUCUUCAAGACACGCUUAUGUCCGAUAUCCAAUCAAUUAAGCGGUUAUCCGACUUUAGCAAUGUUAUCCCAUUAAUAGCAAAAGCGGACACCCUUUCAUCAGAGCAGAUUCAUGGUUUGAAAAAUAUAUUCCUUCAGAAAGCGCGAGAAGCUAGCAUUGGAACCUUUUUUGGAGAUUCCCUGUCCCGCAGUGACGAUGUACCUACUCCACGUGCUCCAUUCUCGAUUUCGUCAGUCACAACAAGCGAUGAUGAAAUGAUGGAUGCCAGUGUGUUAAUGAGUCCGGAUUACAUACAGCCAUUGGCACUGUCUGAGCUUGGCUUCCUUUUAGACAAGAUCUUUGACCAAGAUAACUUUGUCUGGUUCCGCCAUUCCGCAGCAAAGAAAUUGAUACGGUCACAUAAUCUUGGGAAAUUUGCGUUCGAGCAACGAGUAACCACCCCAACCUCAGCCCCAUCUGACUUUAUUGAUUCCCGAUUUACCUCUCCGUUCUCUUCGAUAUCACAGUCGCAGGUCCUCGAUUCACCGCGGAAAAGUAGGGGCCUUUCAGAGUACACGUUAGCCCGAGUGGCGGACCAUACUCGACGAGAAGAGCACUUGGCUCAGAUCCAGCUUGCCAAAUGGGCCACAGAUCUACAAUGCAGUCUCCAAAAUGAGAGGAUGCAAUAUGAGCGCCUAGCUCGAGACGAGCGGGCCGCGUGGCUAACUAAACGGCUCGACGAAUGCGUGGCGGAUGGGACGCUCGUUCCUAUAGGCCAUGUCACUGCUUACGAGAAAGAGACCGGCGUCCUAACAGUGCAUAGCCAUGACGGUCGCCAGCUUCGAUAUCGUACUGGGAAUAUGAGUGCCAGUGACCCUCUGGGACUAAUCAGGUGGAAUGAGGAUAUGAAGCGACGGGGGUGGAUCGUUCUCCAAGUCAUCGGUGGGGUUGGCUUUGUUGGAGGACUGGCGUUAUGGCUUGCAAGAACACUAGGCCUAACGUCGCAUGACUUAUCAAACUGGAUCCGGGCUUAUUGAGAGGACAGAGGACGGAUCCAAAAAAAACAUUGGUGUUGUUAUCACUUUAACGGCGUCAGUCUAUUUUUCUGGCGUGCAUCUACUGGCGCAAUCAAGGCGUUUCCGACCUG